GGAGUACCGGCUGACGCGCUACCUCAUGGCCAACUACGACCCGUCCGUGCGGCCCGCAGAGAACUCCUCCGAGCCGCUCAAGGUCGUCUUCGGCAUCUCGCUGCACCACAUCAUCGACGUCGACGAGAAAAAUCAAAUCCUCACAACGAAUUGCUGGCUGACGCAGAUCUGGACGGACCACCACCUCAAGUGGAACGUGUCCGACUUCGCAGGCAUCAAGGUGAUACGUGUACCCUUCCAGCGCGUCUGGAGGCCGGACAUCAUUCUUUACAACAACGCCGAUUCGCAGUAUAACUCGGCUGUGAUCAACACGAACGUCAUAGUGACGUACACGGGAGAAGUGGUGUGGCUGAGCCACGGCAUUUUCCGCAGUUCGUGUGACAUAAAUGUCGAAUACUUCCCGUUCGAUAUUCAGAGUUGUAAUAUGAAGUGGGCAUCCUGGACAUACGAUGGCUAUCAGUUAGACCUGGUGAAGCAGACGGAAGAGGGUGACGUCAGCAACUAUCAGGCCAAUGGCGAGUUCGACCUGGUCAGCUUCGACGCAGUGCGCCACGUCGAGUUUUACUCGUGCUGUCCAGAGCCGUACCCCGACAUUACGUACAUCAUUCGGCUGCGGCGGAGGCCCAUGUUUUAUGUCUUCAAUUUGAUUCUUCCUUGUAUCCUUAUCAACGGAAUUGCGCUUUUGGUUUUCUACGUUCCUUCGGAAUCAGGAGAGAAAGUUACCCUGGGAAUCAGCGCUCUGCUAUCGAUGACGGUGUUUCUCAUGACUAUAAGAGAGAGCCUGCCUCCGACAGAAAAGACGCCACUCAUAAGCAUGUACUAUGGAGUCAGCAUUUGCCUUGUUUCCUUUGCAUCUGGUUUGUCAGUUGUGACUCUGAAUGUGUAUCACCGUGGAGUCAGAGGGACAGGGGUUCCUCAGAUAAUUAAAAACCUCAUCUUGGGAAAACUUGCAAGAGUUGUUUUCUUGCAGUUUGAACCAAGGGACAAACCAACAUCUGCAGCAUUCAAUGAUAUCAAUCCUCGAACAGGUACUAGGCUAGAUUGUCCAAGACCUCCUGACAAGUGGACUGUAGAUGAUGUUGACUACCCCGAUCCACAACAGAUGUCACCUCGUUUCCUGCCACGACGCUGUAGAGCUGAUUCAACUCCAGACACCUUCGAGGCACAGUUUCUGAGAGUGCUGAACAAAGUCAACCAUACAAUUGAACGUAAUGAACUUCGUCUGGCUGAGCAAGAGAGAAGAGACACCACAGAAAUUGAAUGGAAACAAGUAGCCCUCGUUUGUGAUCGUUUUCUUCUUUGGGUCUUCCUGCUCACAACAGCUGUAACUACCACUGUUAUAUUGUGUGGUUCUCCAUAUGGGCCAUGAUGCUUCUACUGGUUGUGUGCAAAUAAAUCCAGUACCAUAAAAGUAAAGGGAGAAAUUUGCACUCAAGGGCAAGAAGUUCCUAUGUGAAAUGUCAGAAAUCAGGAGUGAACUGAAAGUGUUUUUUUCACUUAUUAGUGAAACAGUUAUAAAAUGAACAUAAAUUGUGGUAAGGAGAAUGUCAAUUUUAUCUUAAUUUGUAAUAAGAGUACAUGAAAUGAUCAUAAAAAUUUCUGUUACUGUCAAGUGUUUAUAUUGUCCCCAUGCCAAGAACAAUGAUGAAAAACGUGAAUUUUCAGAGUGUCCUGGAAAUAUUUUAAAGUGUGCUGAUUCCAUAGUGGAAAACUGUGAACUCUCUGUUUCCACAAAAGUGGUGAAGUCAACAUCUAGUCAAGGCUAGAUAUUACCAAUAUCAAAACAAUGAUUUUUUUAGCUUAU